CUAAUUUUGCUGUUCUAAAUGGGGAUUUUAUAUUUGGCUUCCUUUAGUGAUGUUUUCUUUUGAAAUGUUUUAAGAUUUAUUUUUCUUAACUUUUCUACAUUGAAUGUGCAUUCUGUAGUUGACCACUUUAGCAAUGUUUUAUUUUGAAAUCUUUAAGAUAAUAGUUUAGUUUCUUGUUGAUUAUGUUGCUUUGAAUGAAUACUUUAUAUUUGACUUACUUCAGUAAUGUUUUAUUCUGGCUUGUUUUAUUCAGUCUUUUAAUGUAGGUUGUGAACCACUUUGAGAUUUCCCCCCCCCCCUUGAAAAUAUAAAGCGGUAUAGAAAAAAUGAGUAAUAAUAAUAAACAUAAUAAUAAUAAUGUUCCUUUCACAUUUUAAUCUUUUAAGCCCCUCACCCUCCUUCAUGCUGACACUUUUUUUACACUCUAGGGAGACAUAGCCUUAAGAUACAAACAGUCUCAGACCUUGCAGACCCCAGACCCAUACAUUCAGCAAGGACUAAUGAAAUAAAUGGUUGGUCAGCAUGUCGGAGGAUGUUGUGAAGAACAGUAAGGAUGGGGGGAUACUUUGCAAAGACCAAUAAGGUUGAUUCCGAGCCCGAAAUAGCUCAGGAAGAGAUUCUUCCUGUAGAAAAUGAAGAGGCAGCGUCACUGAAGGAUUUUGAACCGCAAGUGGAGGAGGAGCCACCAGGAAAACUGCGGCAAAUAUGUAUUUUCCCACCACAAGGCAUAUUUGCUGAAAUUGUAACAAAUGUAGCAGCAGCAGCGCUGAUCUGGGCUGUUUUCUGGGCUGUUUUAGGCAAGGAAUGUCUUCCUGGUGGAAAUGUCUUUGGACUUUUGUUCCUCUUCUUUUGUUCUUUACUUGGUGGUAAAAUUAUGGAGUCCAUUAGAAUACCUGGCUUCCCUCCACUCCCUCGUCUUUUUGGGAUGCUGCUUGCUGGGUUUCUCAUCAGGAAUGUCCCGUACACUAGUAAACUAGUCCAGAUCAAUGUGAAAUGGGGAGCUACCCUGCGAAACAUUGCCCUCUCAAUUAUCUUGGCUCUUGCUGGUCUUGGCCUCGACCCACAGGCUCUGAAUAAGUUGAAAGCGAUCUGUUUCAGACUAAGCUUUGGUCCUUGCCUCACGGAAGCCUGUGCAGCAGCUGUCCUGUCUCACUAUAUCAUGAACCUGCCAUGGGAAUGGGGGUUUAUGUUAGGGUUUGUUCUAGGUGCUGUGUCUCCUGCUAUCGUUGUCCUUUCAUUGCUGAUGUUGCAAUCCAGAGGAUAUGGUGUCGAUAAAGGCAUUCCUACCUUGCUAAUAGCUGCUGCCAGCAUGGAUGAUAUCGUGGCCAUUACAGGAUUCAACACCUUCUUGGGCAUCGCCUUUUCCACAGGCUCUGUCUUCAAGAGUAUCCUCCGCGGUUUAAUAGAAGUUGUAAUCGGCGCAGGAGCUGGUGGCCUUCUGGGAAUUUUUAUUUGGUACUUUCCAAGCAAGGAUCAGACAUAUGUUGUGUGGAAGAGAGCAUUAUUUGUGUUGGGUCUCUCUGCUUUUACUCUUUUGAGCUGCAAGCAUUUUGGCUUUCCUGGAUCUGGAGGCCUCUGCACAAUUGUCUUGUCAUUUCUGGCUGGGCUGAGAUGGUCUGUGGAGAAGAAAGCAGUGGAAGAGAUUGUUAGAAUUGCCUGGCAAUUUUUCCAACCCUUUCUGUUUGGUUUAAUCGGGGCCGAAAUAUCCGUUGUCUCUCUCGGACCAAAAAUGGUUGGGUUUUGUAUGAUCACAAUGUGUUUGGCUCUCAUGAUACGAGUUACUGCUACAUUCCUGUUGGUUAGUUUUGCUGGCUUGAACUUCAAAGAGAAAACAUUUAUCGCACUGGCAUGGAUCCCCAAAGCAACUGUCCAGGCUGCAAUUGGUUCUGUUGGUUUAGAUACAGCCCGAGAGCUGAAGGACCCAGUCCUAGAACAUUAUGGCCUGACCAUCUUGACAAUAGCUUUCCUGGGAAUCCUGUUAACAGCUCCAACUGGGGCUCUGAUCAUUGGCCUGGCAGGACCCAAACUCCUUCACAAGACUGACUUGGGCGAUGAAGAAGAUGGGGGGAAAGCAUCUUCGCCAAUAUAGGGAAGUGUCAGGGAAUACCUAAAUCGGAACUCCAAGCUUCCAAGAAAUCACAGUGCCCUAUAGUGGCAUACAGUUGUCUGAAAUCCCAUUGUGGAAUGCAUUGUAGGUCCUGCUAAAACAGCAACCCAAGUAGAGGAGAAUAUAGUUACAUUAAAUCAGCAUCCAGGUGUUCCUUCAUCCUUCACACAGGAAUUUUGGAUGACUGCAGCCACAAGUGGAGUAGAUCAGUGGCCUGGUUCAAAGAGACAAAUGCCAGCAGGGCAUGAGAAAGCAUUUAGGGUGGCUCCAUGAAGUGUCACUGGAAGUUUAUUCAGUGGUCUCAGCAGAAAGACAUGCCAGAAGCACCAAUCCCAUCAGUAAAUAAUCAAGAGAAAGUUCAUAGACUUUACAACCGAUGGUCAAAGCUCCCAAUGGCUUUUCCAGUAGCCAAAGGCAGUUAUGUUCUGGCAAUAGAUAUGCAGUCUUUGGGAGCAUCCAGGGAGAGUGAUGUUACAAAUAUUGUAAUGGUGCAGUGGACAGUUGUGGAUUUUGCACAUGGAACAAAGAAAGUUCAUCAAAGUUUGUCCAUGUAUUAGAUACUAAUCUGGCUGGUCUGGCAUUGCAAAGAUUCAUAUUGUCCGCCAUCAUUUCCCCAUCUACACGUUAUAACGUUAAAACAGCAACAACAACCCAGCGAAAGUAGUAGCUUCAGAGCAGCCUGCAGCAAUACAUUGGCCUCUUUGACCUAAUGGGUUGAACUGGAUCCAGGAAGAACUGUUGGAGUCUUUUUGGCUUCUUAAGAAUAUACUUGCAGAGGAGAGAAGAAUGAGGAGGGCAGCAGGAAAUGACUGCUUUUGGAUGAAGGAUGUGUGAUCCUGCUGGGAUGAAUACAGAUUAUUUUUUUUACGGCUUUUACAGUUGCUGGCAAUCACACAUAUAUGUGUGUUCUGUAAAACGAAAGGGUUGCUGAAGUUUCAGAGGAUACAUGAGUUUUAGGACUCAAAAAACUAGAUACUAGCAAAACUUGAGUCAAGAGCUGCACAUGAACCUUAGAAUGCUGUCUCCAGUUUAACAAGUGUGGGGAGUGUAUUACUUUAAAGAUUUUGCAGAUCCAUACAUAUGUCAUUUAGGAAAACCUUUUUUUCCAUUCUCUGUUUCUCCAUACCCAUGAAUAUUGCAUGGGGUUUUUUU